AUGCAAUCUCUUGCAACGUUUCAACCUACGGAGAGAGUGAAACUUUCUACCAAGAACAAUGUCUUCAACUACUUCCGAUAUCGAAUUGGGCCAGUUCAACACUACGCCAUUAUCGAGGAUAGGCACAAACGGCAGAAGUUGGAGGCUCAGGUGGCCAAAUCUGGCAUGGCCAUCAUCUGCCUGUUUCUCACUUCCUGCGUCAUUGUUAUGGGGCAGGAGUGCUCCGGUAAUGCAAUUACCGCAGAAGAUGAAGACAGGCCACUGUUCCUGGGCAGUUGUGAGCGGGAUCAGAAUACAGACCGAGCCAAGGUUGUUGCUGAGCUUGAUGAAGCUCUGGAAGAUUUAGACAAGUUCCUGUUAAGAAGUAGACAGAUUUCCGAACUUGAACAAGCAGAUCCUCGAGCUGUGACAAACCUUCAGAACUGGCUCAAUGGCACGGGAUCUAUAGCACGAGCAGAGAGCAGGUUCUUGAACUACCCACUGCAAGAGCUCCUAAGUACCAGUCCACGAGAUGAAUCUGCGAUGAUAGGGCUUGAGAAUAAUGUAGCUGAGAAUCUACUCCGUGUUCGAGAUUACUUAUUCCCAAGCUACUCCCCGAAAGUCUCCAGGGAUACCGCCCAUAUUUACAUCCCUACCAGAUCAACUGCGGCUCUCAUCUCUCGCGCGUUAAUGAUCCCAAUCGUUGUCAUCAUGCUACUGGCACCAGUUAUUCUCUGUUCCUACUUAAGCAACACAUCAUCGCGGCUGUUUGCUGUUGGAGGCGCGACAGUAUUCUUUGUAGCGAUGAUCUCUAGUGGAACGAGGAUGAAGAGUCAAGAACUGAUUAUUGCAGGAGCUACAUAUGCUACAGUUCUCACGGUUUUCCUAUCAGAGUCAUCAGGUUUACCUUCAGGCUAG